GCACGGAACAAAAGCUUGAGAGAAUAAUACAGAAUUCUUCUUCUGUCAAUUGUUCUUGCUCCCAGCAUCGACUUCUUGUCGAUUUCACAAAUACCGUCGACAUAUCCAUCCACCUUCGUCUUGUCUGGUCUGCUCCGCUCUGCUGCUGAGUUGUGUGAGCUCCAAUUCAACUCCUCCGAUCCCAAUCUGACCCCGCCAGAGAGAGAUGGAGGUCCGUUUUGAGGAGAAGGACUUCUUGGCGUGCUGCGGAAGCGCCAGAUUCGCCCAUGAGAUGGCCUCCGCCGGCCCCUUCCGCAGCUUGACCGACGCCGUCUCCGCCGCCCGUGAUAUCUGGUUUAACAUGGUUGACGUCAACGGCUGGCUCGAGGCGUUCGCGGCUCACCCGCAGAUCGGAGAAUCAGCGUCCUCCACACACGGCAAGAGUCAGACCAGUGCUCAGUGGAGUAAAGGAGAGCAAUCGACUGCCUUGGCAACAGCCACGGGAUCUAUCUUACAGGAGUUAUCAGAAUGGAACGUGCAGUAUAGACAAAAGUUUGGUUUCAUAUUUCUUAUAUGUGCAUCAGGGAGAACAAGUUCUGAAAUUCUGGCGGAAUUAAAGAAACGCUACCAGAAUAGGCCUAUAGUUGAGUUUCAGAUUGCGGCAGAAGAGCAGAUGAAAGUAACUGAAUUACGUCUUGCAAAGCUCUUCUCAGAAAAAGAUCGCGUGGCUUCAGCUGGUGAUCAAGAUCUGGCCAGAGUAGCAAAGAAAUCGGAAGAAGAUCGAGUGAGCAUAAUCAGUGGACACUUCACUGCUGGACCAAAAUCUCCUUCUAACAAGGUGCCUCAAAGCACCGCACAAACCCGUCCUCCAAUCACGACCCAUGUCUUAGAUGUCUCUCAGGGACACCCCGGGGCAGGUAUUGAGGUCCACCUAGAGAAGUGGAGACAAGACUGCCCUCGUCCUGUGUUCAGUGGACUGGACAUCAGUAGCUGGGACCUGCUGGGGUCCUCAACCACCGACAAAGAUGGUCGAAGUGGUCCUUUGAUGAAGAUAGUCGAUGCUGUGGACCCGGGCCUGUACAGGAUCAGUUUCAACACGGGCAAGUAUUGCCCUAGUGGAUUCUUUCCUUUCGUGAGUAUUGUCUUUGAGAUCAGAGAGACACAGAAGCUGGAGCAUUUCCAUGUACCCCUGCUCUUAUCCCCUUUCUCCUUUACGACAUAUCGUGGCAGCUGAGAGCAGUAUCAACAAGGAAAUGUCAUGAUUUAUGAAGCUUGUGGAUUUCUUUAUGUAUUCUGGUGGCUGUAAAUUGGGCAUGGCUCCACCACGAAUAACAAGCCAUGCUUUUACUGCUAAUGUUAAGAAAAUGUGAGCUUAAGCUGUGUAAAUUGUUGAUAUUGCGCACGUUCUUGAGAGCCUGAAUAUUCCAAUCGGUGGGAGCUUUGUACUUCUUUUAAUCAACUCAUUUUCUCGUCUGAACA